AUGGUGACAGGCACGGUCUCCGCCAUGGCGGCAAAACAAGCCGAGAGGUUAAAGGAAGACGGUAACACUUACUUUAAGAAAGAACGCUUUGGUGCCGCCAUUGAUGCUUACACAGAGGCGAUAACCUUGUCCCCAAAGGUUCCUGUUUAUUGGACAAAUCGAGCGCUUUGCCACAUGAAGAGAAAAGAUUGGACUAGGGUAGAAGAGGAUUGUCGUAAAGCUAUUCAGCUCGAUCACAAUUCCGUAAAGGCUCACUACAUGCUAGGACUUUCACUGUUGGAGAGGAAAGAAUAUGCUGGUGGAGUUAAAGAACUGCAAAGGGCUUUAGAUCUUGGAAGAGGCGCAAAUCCAACAGGAUACAUGAUAGAAGAAAUCUGGGAAGAGCUUGCUAAAGCAAAAUACAUGGAGUGGGAACUGGUUUCUGCGAGGCGCUCAUGGGAAUUGAAUAGUUUGAAGGAAACUUGUGAGGCUGCUCUUAACCAACAACGCGCUUUAGAUAUGUCACGGACAGAAGAUUUCUCCCAAGAAGCCUAUUCUUCCCAUAGUGAGCGAUUGAAAGCCCUUGAUAGAGUGUUUGAGAAAGCUGGAAUUGACGACAAACCAACUGAGGUGCCAGAUUAUUUGUGUUGCAACAUUACUCUUGAGAUUUUCCGAGAUCCUGUGAUUUCUCCGAGUGGGGUUACAUAUGAAAGAGCAGCAAUCCUUGAACAUCUUAACAAGGUGGGGAAGUUUGAUCCUAUAACGCGUGAAAAACUGGACCAGUACAAGCUCGUACCAAAUCUGGCUAUCAAAGAGGCAGUGGCUGCUUAUCUAGAAAAACACGCCUGGGCUUACAAGACCGGUUGUUGA